AUGGGAAAAUAUCGAUAUCUUUUGAUUUUUUUCGCCUGUUUCGAUGUUGCUUAUUCGGUUGCCGAGCUUUUGACACCUAUCAUUCUCACAAAAAUCUCGAAAAACUGCGCAAUGAGCAAGAACACCCUAGCCAUGCAUCGUCAACUAUUCAAAGCUCUCGUUAUCCAAACCUGCAUUCCAAUAUUUGCUAGCUUUUUACCUACAGUAAUCGCAUGGUACGCGCCAAUUUUUCAGAUUAACUUGACAUGGUGGAACAACUACAUUUGUAUCAUCGCACUCGCCGCAUUUCCAUUCAUCGACCCUAUUGCUGUAAUUUGUUUCAUUCCGAGCUACAAAAACACAAUUCUCGAAUGGCUUCGCUUCAAAAAAUUUACGUCGACUACAACGCCGUCUACCACAGAUGCCGCGUCGACUGUAUCCCGAAAACAGACUACAAAUAAUUCGACAACAAGGAAUGAAUAA